AUGAGACGGUGUUUCAAAAUCAUUAUCGUCGCCUUAAUUCUGAUCGCGUCAAAAUUUUGGAGUCUAUCAAGGUCCCAGUGUCAGUUCAAUGAAAAAGUUCACCAAGAAUUAUGGACAACAACAUCUCUGUCGGGGUUUGAACCCAUCACCAAACCAGAACAGCCCCUCAUAAUCUUAUUCACUACGUUCAAGGACGACUCCGAAAGCACGCACCACCGACUGGCUCACAAAAUUGUCACAAAAAAUUGGGCCUCUUUUGGCUUAAGUUUCAUCAAACCCGUCCUCUUCACAAAUUCAACACUAACUCCUAAAUUUUACAAUCUGACAGCAGCAAUUGUAGCCAACCAUAAUGAGCCACUAUUUGAGGCCUCUUUGUCUGAGAUUGCGUUUUUUUAUGGGUGGGAUCUCCUACCCAUUCCAGCUGUCAACAUUCAUGGAACUCCUUUCCUGAAGCCAAUGUUUAAAAAAAUUUUUCAAACAUACAAUGCCACGUUUUAUGGAUUUGCUAGUGGCGAUUUAUUGUUUGACCAAAGUUUAAUAGACAGUCUAAUUUUCAUAAAGAGAUACCUACAACAUCCACUCGACAACAACGUCCUCUUAGUUGGCAGACGCACAGAUGUUUCACUUUACAGCAACAAUACCGUACUACCCUUGCAACAGCACCAACAACAGCAAACAAAAACAGCUGAAGCCACAAUAACAACAGGAAAAACAAAUACUCCAAAGAAAAUUCGAAAAACCAAAACGCCGACAAAAGCGUCCGAACCGGUUUCCUUAACUCCAGAAAUAUUUCAAAAGUUCGCCGAACAUUUUGACAAGCCAAAUUUAGCUAAGCUAGCCAAAACUGGAGAGUUAAGGUACAUUGAUGCAAUUGACUAUUUCAUCUACACCAGAGAUGGCAGUCGGUACAACUGGACGGCUCUAGCCGACGUGGUGAUUGGACGAGCCGCUUAUGAUAACUAUCUUCUAGCCAUGGCUAACAUGAUGGGUUGCACCUCAGUAGACCUGACAAACACAGUAGUAUGCGUUCAUCUAUCAAAACCUGGCGUUAGUAACACCGGCUUCCAAAAUGUCGAUCACCAUUUCAACUACCGUUCUAUUGGACAGUUUGAUUGGAGGAAAGGACACACAAACGUUACUCAUUACUACACCGAAAAUGACAAUGAGGGAAAGCCUUCUAAGUUGACGAGCAGGUACGAAGGUGGCAGAGAGGUGUAA